CCGUGGACCUGCAACGCCUGCGCCACAUGUUACUCACCACCGGCGCCGGCGGCGGUCACCACCAGCUCGCCUCCGCCGCUACUAUCCCAGCGAGUGGGCCUUGUUAUGGUGCUGCGCUGCCGAGCCAGCGGGACCACCACAUGUGCGCGGACCUCUUCAGUCUGCCGCCGGCGACGAUGACGACUACGUCGGCCACGGAGCAGUAUUCCGAGUUCUUGGCGAUGGCUGCUGCCAAUCUGGCGAAGAAGGGCGUCAGGCCCGACGGUGGUCAGGAAAUGAGCACAAACAAGCGGAAGCGCGACGGGCGGUCGUCCAUGCUUGCCGCGGCCGACGUUCUUGCGGCCCACGUCCAGCAGCAGACCAUCGACGUCGACCGCAUCCUGCUCAAACAUGCGCAAAAUUUGUGGACUACUCUGGCGGAGCAGAGGCAGAGCCACACGAGGCUGAUCGUCUCGACCGUGGAGGCCAGGGCGGCGAAGCGGCUCAAGGCCAGGGACGACGAGAUUGAGCGGAUCAGGAUCAUGAACUGGGCGCUCGAGGAGCGCCUUCGGAACCUCUUCAUGGAGGCCCAGAUGUGGCGCGACAUCGCGCAGUCCAACGAGGCCACGGCCAACGUGCUCCGCGGCGACCUGCAGCGGGCGCUCGACUCCCAGGCGGUCCGUGGCGGUGGAAGCGGCGACGGUCAGGAGGACGACGCCGAGUCGUGCUGCUGGGGAGAGAACCAGGUGCCUUUGUGCGCGGAGGAGGAGGUGGGCACGCCGGCAGUGGAGGAGCGUCCCGCGACAGCAGUAGGAAGGUGCAAGGGAUGCCGCGAGGACGCGGCCGUGGUGCUGCUGCUGCCGUGCCGGCACCUCUGCGUGUGCGCGCCGUGCGCGGCCGCGGCACAGGCGUGCCCGGCGUGCGGAAGCGCCAAGAAUGGCAGCGUCUGCAUCAACUUUUCGUGAUGCGGGAGGAAUAGUUUUAGAGUCGACAUUUGGUUUCCUUCUAAAACUUACUAGAGUCGACUUUUGUUUGUAUUCUUUUGUUCACUUUUUCUUGUUGUUGUUGACGGGAAGCGCCAUGCCGUGCGACAUUGGGCCACUGACAUGUAAGCCAGCUUUGCAACAGGCCCACAUGUCAGUGGAAGAACAGCAGGGUGCCGAACGGUAGAGUAUCCUCCUCCUUGUUGACGGCGGUAAUAGAUAGGAGGAUGGUUGGAUGACAUAGAUAUGAGAGGACUUGUAUCCUUUUUUUUUAGUUUAGCUUUUUCCUUGAAGCCGUUGGAUCAAUUGUUCAACAAGAAGAAAAACAGUUUGUAAUAUUA